AUGUCGAAAUACAAGUACCUGUCGGGCUUUGGCUCUCACUUUUCCUCUGAGGACGAGCGAUAUCCCAACUCCUUGCCUGUUGGUCAGAACUCACCGCAAGUGUGUCCUUAUAAACUCUACGCGGAGCAGCUCUCGGGAAGUGCCUUCACAGCCCCAAGAACCGAGAAUGUGCGCACCUGGCUGUACAGGAAAUUGCCCUCAGCAGUGCACCUUCCAUUCCAGCCUUUCAAGGGAGCCCCCUACUUUAGGCAGAACUGGGAUGAACAGCCCCCAAAUCCAAAUCAGAUGCGUUGGAAACCCUUUGAUCUGCCGCCAAAAGAUGGCAGAUCGGUAGAUUUUGUGGAAGGUUUGCAUACGGUUUGUGGUGCUGGGGAUCCCAGAUCUCGGCAUGGUCUUGCCGUGCACAUAUACUCCUGCAAUGCAUCCAUGGAUAACUCGGCCUUCUACAACAGCGAUGGUGAUUUCUUGAUUGUCCCACAGCAAGGAGUUUUGGAUAUUAAAACGGAGUUUGGUAGGAUGUCGGUGGCUCCCAAUGAAAUCUGCGUCAUACCGCAAGGGAUACGGAUUGCUGUUAAUGUGGAUUCUCCUUCUAGAGGUUAUAUCCUCGAAGUGUAUGAUGGUCACUUUGUUUUGCCCGAUUUAGGACCCAUCGGCGCCAAUGGCCUGGCUAAUCCCAGAGACUUUGAAACACCUGUGGCUUGGUUCGACGAUCAAGACGUAAAUGACUUCCAGGUGAUAUCGAAGUUCCAGGGCAGUCUCUUUGUGGCCAAGCAAAAUCACAGCGUCUUCGAUGUGGUGGCCUGGCAUGGUAACUACGUGCCCUUUAAGUACGAUCUGUCCAAGUUUAUGGUGAUCAACUCGGUUAGCUUCGAUCACUGUGAUCCCAGCAUUUUUACCGUGCUCACUUGCCCGAGUUUGAGAGCUGGAACAGCCAUAGCCGACUUUGUGAUCUUUCCACCCCGCUGGUCAGUACAAGAGCAUACCUUCCGGCCACCCUAUUACCACAGAAACUGCAUGAGCGAGUUCAUGGGUCUCAUCUUGGGAAAGUACGAGGCAAAAGCGGAUGGCUUUGCCGCUGGAGGGGCUACACUCCAUUCCAUGAUGACCCCGCAUGGUCCAGAUGUCAAGUGCUUUGAAGGUGCCUCGAGUGCAAAGUUGGUGCCCGAACGCGUGGCUGAGGGAACCCAGGCCUUCAUGUUCGAGUCCUCCCUGAGUUUGGCCGUUACCAAAUGGGGCGAGGAAACCUGUCAGAAACUGGAUGCAGCAUACUAUGAAUGCUGGCAGGCGCUGAAAAACAAUUUCGAAAUUACUAAAAAGUAAAAUAUUUCUAGGGUAAAGUUACCAUAAAUGAACAAUU